AACUAAGUUCGGACCAAAUAAAAAAUGGUUUUCGUUUCCUAAGCAAGCUGCUUUAUCAGCACUUUCAUCAAAAAAAUUCCAAAAAGUAUUACACCUUUUACAGGACCUAAUAAAGACAACUUUCUACCACAACCCUUAUUUAGAAAAAGGAAUAUUGACCGGUAUUUUGCGAACCAAGGCGGAUAUUUAUACUAAUCUGGAUAAUCUGGCUGAACACAAUCUUUUAAAUCCCGAAUUGAGCGAAUAUUAUGAUAGUGGCGGUACUGGCUUAAUUGAUCCAAUAUUAUGUUCGGAUAACUUACAAAAAGACUUACAAACUCUUUUAGAAAAUCAAAGUCUAACUAAACGUUUGGAUAAGCAAGUGGAUUUAGAUAAAAUCCGGCCAGAUGAAACUGCUUUCUACAGCCUUUUAGUUUUUGCGGAAAAAACCAAAGCCGAUGAGAGUACCCUUUUUUCUUUAGCCCUCUCACUCGAAGAGAAAAAGCUUCCCAAGUUCUCUCAACAAUUAAAAGAAUUUUGGGCUAAAACCACAAAGUUUUUUGGCACUGCCUCCCCUGAACAAGCUGAACUAUUUGCUAAGGGCUUUUUGUUAAGUUUGAGAAUUAAUUUGGCCCACAUUUAUAACAUUAGUUCCGAAGAAGAUAAAAAUAUUUGGCAACUGACCCCGCGUAAGGGUAACCUCAAUCAAGUCUUUAUUUUUGGUUACCAGAUUGGAGAAGAAGGUGAAGAUUUACCGUUAGUAGCGAAAAAUGUCCUCCAACGGAUCAAGGCCAGAG